GUCGAGAGAUGCGAAAGCGAGUCGUAUUCGUGACGUAAAUAAAAAAAAGAAAAGUAAACUUACUUGCAGCCAUCAAACUGCAUAUUAGCCCACACCAUAGACAAUGAAACUAACUGCAUUUCAGGGUAAUCAUCCCAGUUAUUCAACAAGAACUUUUUCCUGGCAUCCCAAUGGUUUGUGGGCUCAUUGAUCAGCCGAAAUUGCUCGACAUACGCAGAAACGUCUUCAGAUCCACCCGCCAUGUUGUUGCUUCUCAGUGCAGUCGGUCCGCAGUAAAGGCGCAGUAUAUAGUACAGCCAAGGCGCAAGGCAUGCGGGCGCGUCGUCGGAUCGGAGUUCGUUAGGAUCCCAGAUCAGGUGAUAAAUCACGUGACUUCUCCAGCUAACAAAUUGCACACAGCAUGCAAGUACAGAUACAAGUUCUUCUUCUUCUGAAGUUCUGGAAACAGUACAGUCCACCGUACAGUUCCACUGCACCGAUGUAGAUGAAGCUGAAGACUAGUCACAAGCUCAUUCAGCUCAUUUCUUUUCUGAAACUGGCAAUAGAUAAUUGAAAAUUUCACAAGCUUGUGAGAUGGCGACUUCAUCAUCGGUGAUACAGGGUUCAAAAGAGCUCCUUCAAGGAAAGGUUGCCAUAGUAACAGGAGCCUCCAAUGGUAUUGGUGUCGGCAUUGCUUUGGAGCUAGCCAAAGCUGGAGUAUCAGUGUGCCUGGCAGCCAGACGAGAAGAAAAAUUACAAAGUGUGAAAAAUCAGAUUGAAGAAGUUGGAGGGAAAUCCAUGUAUGUGAAAACUGAUGUCACAGUAAGACAACAGGUUAAAGAUUUAGUCAAGAAGACAGAAGAAGAAUUUGGUGCUGUAGAUAUCCUGGUCAACAAUGCUGGAGUAGGAUAUAUCACAUACAUGAAGAAUCUACACGAAGAUGCAUGGGAUAAAAUGGUUGAUAUUAACUGCAAAGGAGUAUUGAAUGGGAUAGGAGCAGUUCUUCCAGGAAUGAUUGAAAGACAGAGUGGACAUAUUGUUAAUAUAUCAUCUAAUGCAGGCAGAGUGGCGUUCCCAUUACUAGCAGUAUACACAGGAAGUAAAUUCUUUGUUGAGGGUGUGUCAAGGUCAUUACGUAUGGAGGUCAAAGAUCAGGGCAUCAAGGUCACAUGCAUCCAGGCGGGAGAUGUGAUAUCAGACUUUGGAGGUGUGUUCUUUGAUAAAGAGGCACUGGAGGCAUAUGGUGUUUUAGAUGAGAAGAAAUGCAUGAAGCCAGAAGAUAUAGGUAGAGCCAUAGUCUAUGCAGUCAGUCAACCACAAUGUGUAGGUGUAAAUGAAAUCUUGAUAGAACCAACUCAGUUACCUUAUGUAUAGGUUAUUCUAUAUUACAUUUUGAAGUCCACUUCACUGCCAAACUUGAUCAAAGCUAAAAUUUUAUAGUGAAUGAAGUUGGUAAGAAAUAGAAGCCUCGACCUAAGUAAUAUAUGACAGACAAUGGAAUUACACUUAUGUAUCAUGCCUUAACUCUUUAAAAUGUAAUGGAGCAGGUUUAAUAUCUAAUUGUACAUGAUAUUCCACAGGCUUAAUGUUAUUGGGGAUAUGCCCCUACAUGUAUUCCACUCGGGUGAUUGCUUUGUGAGUGCAAACAUACCAACCCAAUGGUCCAAUCAGUAUGGUUGAGUAUAGUAUGACUAACUUUGUUAUAGAAAAUCCCUGGUGUGGUGUGUGAUCCACAAUGUCCAUCCAAAAGUCUCUACCUCUACUAUUAUUGUAAAACAUUAAAAUCAUGGGGAUCUUGUAGGGGAGUACUCCCUAUACUUUUAUCAGUAUUUUGAUAAUUUCCUCUUUGUUAAGGGGAAGUGUUGUAGUCAAGCCCAGCACUGUUUGAACAUUAGAAGAACUUCCUUUAGUUUCAGCUGUAACCAUGAAUAUUAUUAGCUCAGUACAUGAUUUUGAAAUUAUUGAUUUUAUCCAAUUCUCUUCGAAAGUUAACAAUUGUUAAUUUUUUGCAAAAUACAGUUUGGUAUAAGCUCUAUAGGGUGAAUGGGAAAGUAAUCAUUCAAUAUUGUUACGAGACAUGUAUGUGCAAUAAAUUUUUAUGAAUUAUGAACAUUUGGGAACUGAAAUCGCAUUUCAAUCCUAAUGUUCAUAAUGAUAAUAUGCUGCAUGUGUGUUGCACAUACCGGUACCCCCAUUAACAUGUAACGUCUGUAUGCACUUCCAAAGUAGUUGAGCUAGCCUUUACAUGCAUUUCAAAGAAUUGCCUGCCUAAUGGAUGAAGAAGGAUGGCAGAACCAGGCUUGAAAUUUUAUCAGGUAAUUAAUAAGCAUUUUAGGAGUCCUAUAAAAUGCAGUAGAACAUAUACGCUAUGGAAUAGUUUCUGCGCUCUAUAAGUUUAUAUAUUAUUGUUAUUAUUAAUAUAAUCAAACACUAGACUGAAGUGGAAAAUUUUUGAUAUAUUUAAACAUGUACUAAUUGUACGAUAUAUUAUUAUUCCAUUGGCAUUCCAUUCUCACAUUUUCAUUUUAGCUUAACCCUAAUUCUCCUGGGAGGGGCCAUAAUGGCCCCCCCCUCGACAAUUUUCGCGAUAUAUCUGCUGCGCAAAUUUUUUUGACCUCGCCGCUCACUGACUUUUUACUUACAAGUCUCGCACAAAUUUUGAGACCAAAUUUGUGACGCCCGGGUACGCGGUUACGACAUUACGCAACAUUAUGUAAGUGCAUGUCAGACCCCAAAUUGCUCAUAAACGUGAUUUCAUGUACAAAUCCAAUGCAGAUUGUGUAUUAGCCAAAAUUCAUAAAUGUAUCAUUAUUUCUACUUUUACUGAUUAAACUUAAUUAAUUUUGCCUUGUUUAUGAUCAGAAUUAAGUCUGGAACGAUUUCCAUCGAAAAAACAAUAAAAAAGCAAAAAGUAAAAAAACAAAGAAAUACAUAAGAAAUUAAAAAAACAAUAAAAUACAUAAGAAAUCGGUCUUGGUACAAGAACUUUUUUCAUUCACAAUUGUUAGGAAUGCUGUAAAGAAUAUUUUCACCAAAAAAUAGCAUUCUAGGAGCUUUAUUUAGUGAAUCAGAGCAAAGCCAAAAAGUAUGAUUUCAUGAAUAAAUUAGCAUAAUUAAUUCAUAUAAAAUAAAAAUAUAUGAAUUCAGUGAAAUUUACCAAUGCAACUGAGUAGAUUACGUCAUUCUCUACCAUCAUGCAAAUUUUUGUUGUGAUCGCGCAAUCCGCGGCUGAGAUAAUGGCCCCCCCCCCCCCCCCCCCCCCCGGAAUGACAAGAAUAAAAAUACCUGGGAGAUUUAGGGUUAAAGCUUCAAUAUGGUACAAAAGAGUGAUUAAUAAGAUCACAGUUUCGGUAUUCAGUGCAAAGUGCAUUUCUAAUACAUGUAAACUUGCAUAAUUUUACCUUUUUUAUUUUGUCAAAUUGUCAAAGUCAAAGCGAUAUUUUUAGACCAGACUAUGCAAAAUUUGGGUUCUACCAUUUCUUAGUCAAAGUUCUCGAGUCAAACUGAUCUUUGGUCAUUAUAUUUAUCAUGGAGGUUCUUUCUACCUCCAUGCAUUUAUGUAUUACCUGUACUGUAGUAUACCUUUUUAUUGUAUGAUUAGCCUUUUUAGCAGGGUUUCUUCAUUGGUAUUAUAUCAUUUCAACUUAUGCAUAUUAUCAUAGUUAUUCAUGCUGCAAAUACUUGUUUUCAAAUCCUGUGUUGUAACAUUUUGUUUGGAACAUGGACAGAUUUUAUAGUCUUUGGUAAGUAGUACUGUAGUAUACCUUUUUAUUGUAUGAUUAGCCUUUUUAGCAGGGUUUCUUCAUUGGUAUUAUAUCAUUUCAACUUAUGCAUAUUAUCAUAGUUAUUCAUGCUGCAAAUACUUGUUUUCAAAUCCUGUGUUGUAACAUUUUGUUUGGAACAUGGACAGAUUUUAUAGUCUUUGGUAAGUAAUGAUACUUUUUUUUUCUUUCUAUUUUUAAUAGCAAAAUAUACAAUGUGAAGAACAGGGUUCAAGGCUCAUUUAAUGUAUAAAAACAGACAAGGUAUUGCAUUAUGAAAAUAAACACAAAUACAUUAUAAAAGAGACAAGGUAUUAUUAUUAUUUGUUAUCUUUUCAUUCAGAGGUAUCUCAAAUAUUUCCUAGCAUAGCAGGGUAGUUCUUGAUCCCAUUCAUCAUUUUGCAUUGCAGUAUUUCAGCCCUCAUUACGUAGGGAAGCUUAGUUGGUUGAUCAAUGUUAUUAUCAUAAUCAGCAAUAUUAUGUGAACUAUUACUUUCAACAUUUCAAUUUAUAGAAAUAUAUACAGAGCAAGACAAAAAGGUAACAGUCCAAGACAGAUUUGGAACAUAGAGUAUAUUGACCAUGUAUGUCCAGACUGCCGGGGGGGGGGGGGGGUCAGUUGCAAUACUUGAUUAGAUUUGCAUGAUCUUUUUAUGAAUGUACAUACAUUUUCGUUUUAAUAAGUCAACAUCAAAUGUGCCUUUAUUUUUUAUUUUAUUCCUCAUAAAAUUAUUGUGAUUUGUGAUGUGAUUGUCUUCCUCAAAUGUAUUGUCUUUAUUAGUUUCAAAUAUCUAAUAAAGUUAUAUUGGAUUGUAGAA